AUGAAGUCUAUUAAAAGAGUUUAUGAGGAAGAUUCAGACACUUCUUCACUUAGCAGUAACCUUCUGACCGAAACUGAAGACUCAUUAAUUAGUGUUAGAAUUAAUAAUUCCAAUGCUAUUGCUGGUGCAAAUAAUUAUGACAUUAAUCCUAAAGUUGUUAUAUGUAAUGACAAUAAUAGCAGUAUUAUUAGGCAUAUUAGAAAUAUUGGUAAUAGAAAUAGAAAUAUCAUUAAUAAAAAUACAAAUACAAACACAAAUAAUAAUAAUAAUAAUGAUUAUAGAGGUUCAAUUAAUUCAAUUAGAAGAAGUACAAGGAUUAUCAGAAAUACUACAAUUAAUAACAACAAUGUGACAAUUACCAGUAAUAAAAAUAUAAAAGUUACAAAAGCAAACAAAAAAAUCAAUAAUAUAAAAUCAAAAAAAUUAUCCAACAAACCUGCUGCUGAAAAACAAAAACAACUUUUAUCCAAAAAUAAUAAUAAUAAGCAACAACAGCAGCCAGAAACAAAACUAUGUGAAUCAUGUAAAAUAUUGCAUUUGAAUGUGCAAAAAGUUGGUAGUCUUGAUUUAUGCUUGUAUUGUCGAUCAUUAUUUGAUGAUGAUAUUGAAUUUCGUUCUCGACGUGCUCAAUAUGGUUUUGAGUUGUAUAAACGUGUUAAAGUGUUUUAUAGUGAUGGUGGAUGGUAUUCAGCUACUAUGAUGGAUGUUAAAGAUGGCCGAAUUCGUGUACACUUUGAUGGUUGGAGUGAUUAUUUUGAUGAGUGGAUACCUGCUGGCAGUCAACGAAUGAAGGAAAUGACCAUUGAAGAAAUAGUUGAAGCACAAAAAAAAUUGGAUGUUAUGAAAAAGGAUGAGGGAUUGAUUGAACAAACUGAAAAUUUUUAUAAAUCUCUAUUAAAAAGAAAUAAUAAACAACUAAUCAAUAAUUAUGCAAACCAAUCUUCUUUUGACAACACAAAUCAUAACCACAAAAAAUUAAAAACUGCAAUUGAUAAUUCUGAUAUUCAAAAUAAACAAACUGAACAAUUCAUCACUAAAGAUCCUUUAGAGGAUUCAUUUGAUUUUAGUGAUUUUUAUUUUGCAAGAAACACACGUCGUAGUGCCCGUAAUGAUGUAAUAUUAACUGAUGGUAAUAUUCUUGCAAAGUUAAAGACACGUUUCAAAUUAGGUAAUAAAAUUGAAGUUCGUGAUAGAUUGAGGGAAUGGAUGCCUGCAACUAUAAUUGCAUCAAAAGGUUGUAGAAUCUUAAUUCAUUAUGAUGAUGUGCCUGCAUUUUAUGAUGAAUGGAUAGACAUCACAAGUGAUCGACUACGUGUAAGACAAAUAAUUAAGGAACCUGAUACCUAUGCUCAUCAAAAUUCCUCCAAAGCUAUAUCAUCAUCAUUACAUUUGAUCAAUAAAAAAGAUAGACACCAACGAAAGAGUGGCAAAUGUGAUAUUAAUGAUGAUAAUAAUCAGGUGUCUCACUUGGAAUUUGUUGUAAAUGGUGAACGAAUUGGGAGUUUUGAAGGAAAUGAUUAUAGGAGUUUUGAACUUUGCGCAUGGUUAGCAUAA